AUGGCCAUCGAGAAGAAGCACGGCAAGGGCCGUUUGGACAAAUACUACUACCUCGCCAAAGAGAAGGGUUACCGCUCGCGUGCCGCCUUCAAGCUCGUCCAGCUCAACAAGAAGUACGGUUUUCUGCAAAAGUCAAGAUGUCUGAUCGAUUUGUGCGCUGCUCCUGGUGGUUGGCUUCAGGUCGCCGCAGAGACCAUGCCCAUCAAGUCCUUGAUCAUUGGUGUUGAUCUGGCCCCCAUCAAGCCUGUUCCCAAGACAAUCACUUUCCAGGGCGAUAUUACUACCGACAAGACUCGCGCUAUCAUCCGUGGACAUCUCAAAACUUGGAAGGCCGACACUGUUAUCCACGACGGUGCUCCCAACGUCGGUACCGCCUGGGUUCAGGAUGCCUUCAGUCAGAACGAGCUGGUCUUGCACUCUCUGCGUCUCGCAUGCGACUUCCUCGGCCCUGGUGGAAACUUCGUCACAAAGGUCUUCCGUUCCAAGGAUAGCGCAAAGCUCGAGUGGACUUUCAAGCAACUCUUCGACAAGGUCGAGCAGACAAAACCCCCGUCUUCGCGUAACGUCUCUGCCGAAACUUUCUACGUCUGCCGUGGCUUCAAGGCCCCCAAGAACCUCGAUCCCCGUUUCCUCGACCCUCAAUACGCUUUUGCUGAAGUCAAGGAUGCUGUUCCUAACAAUGAGGCCAAGGUCUUCAACCCCGAAGUCAAGAAGAGAAAGAGAGAAGGUUAUGACGAGGGUGACUGGACCCAAUACCACGAAGUCCCCGUCAGCGAGUUCAUCCAGACAACCGAUCCUAUCGCCAUUCUUGGUGGUAUGAACAAACUCACCUUCAACCAAUCUGGAAACGGCGAUAUUGCUCUUGCUACUAUCGACAAGCUCCCCGAAACCACAGAAGAAGUCCGUAUCUGCUGUAACGAUCUGAAAGUUCUCGGCAAGAAGGAAUUCCGUCUCUUGUUGAAAUGGCGUCUUCAAGUCCGCGAACGCUUUGGCUUUACUACAAAGAGCACCAAUCACAAGAAAGCUACCGAUGCCGAGAAGAAGGACGCUGAAGCAGACGACGAAGAAGCCGCCGAAGUCGAGAGCAUGGACGAGGAGAUGAAGCUCCAAGAAGAGUUGCAAAAGAUGAAGGACAUGCAGAGCAAAGACAAGAGAAAGCUCCGUCGCAAGGAAAACGAAAAGAAGCAAAAAGAGAUCGUUCGUCUACAGAUGAACAUGACUACACCCAUGGAAAUCGGUAUGGAGCAAGCUGGUCCUAACGGUGAGGAUGCCAUGUUCCAGCUCAAGGCUGUCGACAAGGCUGGUCUCACUGGAAAGCUGCAGAAGGGCAAGAUGCAAGUCAUUCCCGUCACCGAGAAGAAAAAUGACGAGUUCGAUCUCGAGUUCACCGAUGACGAGCUUGGCGAUGGUCUUGAAGGCGAGUUGGACAUGAUGUACAACCAAUACCAGGAAAAGCGCGAAGCAAGAGAUGCCAAAAUGCGAGCCAAGAAGGCCAGAAAGGAACGCAAUGAAGAGGGCGAAUUCGAAGGCUUCUCAAACGACGAAGAAGCAGACAGCGAUGACGACGGUCCUGCCAUCGAGUACGACAGCGACUCUGACGAAGAGGAGGAAAAUGGUCAACUCGUCACUGAUCUCGACAACUCUGCCGCUCCUGCAAAUGGUCUCACACGACGCGCUGCCAACUUCUUCGACCAGGACUUGUUCAAAGACAUUGACGGACUCGAAGGUCUCGAAGAUGAAGAAGAGCCAGUCAAGGACCUCGACAGCGGUAUCGAAAUGGACUCGAGCUCAGCCUCACCACCCCUCAAGGCCGAGAAGCCCACGACCAAAGCCACAAGGAUUGAGAAACCCGUCAAGGAAAAGAAAGAAAAGACCAAAAAGUCCAAGAUCCCCACACCAGCCGAACUCGCCGCAGAGGAAGCAGAAUACGAAACCGACUCCUCAGACGGCGGCUUCGAAAUAGUCAAAAACACCCAAUCCCAAUGGGACAAGGAUGAAGACGCCAUCCCCCUAAAGAACGGCCGUCCAAACAUCGACAUCAUCACCGCCGAAGCAAUGACCCUAGCCCACCAACUCGCCACCGGCCAAAAGACAAAACACGACCUUCUAGACGACAACUUCAACAAGUAUUCUCUACGAGAUGUCGAUGGCCUACCCGACUGGUUCCUCGACGACGAAACCAAAAACUCCAAACCCCACCGUCCCAUCACCAAAGAAGCAGCCGCCGCUAUCAAGGAAAAAAUGCGUGCUUUUAACGCGCGCCCCAUCAAAAAGGUCCGCGAAGCCAAAGCCAGAAAGCAACUCCACGCAGCACAAAAGCUGGAAAAACUAAAGAAGAAGUCUGCCUUGCUUGCAGAGUCAGAAGAUGUGAGCGAAAAAGACAAAGCAAGUAACAUUGCAAAGAUCAUGGCGAGGGCGGGUAAGGCGAAGAAGAGGAAACCUGUGCAGGUUGUUGUUGCGGGUAAGGGUAAGCAUCGUGGUGCUGGAAGACCUGGAGGCGUCAAGGGUAAGUAUAAGAUGGUGGAUGCGAGAUUGAAGAAGGAUGUUAGGGCUGAGAAGAGGUUGAAGAAGAAGAUGGGCAAGAAGUAA